UCCACAUGCAGGUAUGACAGGAGCGGAGGGAAUCGUUGGAUCAUAUUCAAAGCAGGCUGCAUCUUGACGCACACACCGACUUGACGCGGACAACAACUGGGCAGAUUACAGAGGAUCAACAAAAAAAAACAUCAUCAACAACACACACACACACACACACACGACAAAAGAAAUCAUGAAGUUGGAAGUGCUGUGCGGGAACCACUAUGACAUGAAACAUUUCGAGAUGUCGAGUGAUGCAGAUGGAGGAAGUGUGCGCUCUUCUAGUUCUGCUGAGGAGGAGCUGGGGUCGGAUGGGGACUGCGUGGCGCACAGCCCUCCUCCACCUGUUACUCCGUGCGGCAGCAGCAAGUCAAAGCCGUACACACGGAGACCCAAACCCCCGUUCUCCUACAUCGCUCUCAUCGCCAUGGCUAUCCGGGACUCCCAGUGUGGUCGCCUGACUUUGGCGGAAAUAAACGAGUAUUUGAUGAAAAAGUUUCCCUUCUUUAGGGGCAGCUACACCGGCUGGAGAAACUCGGUGCGACACAACCUGUCACUUAACGACUGCUUUCUUAAAGUGCUCCGGGACCCAUCGAGACCCUGGGGGAAGGACAAUUACUGGAUGCUGAAUCCCCACAGCGAAUACACAUUUGCCGACGGCGUGUUUCGGCGCAGGAGAAAGCGCAUCAACAAGAGGUUCAGCGCGGCCCAGGAAGACUCCGAGAGAGCGGAGGAGCCGCGGAGCAGUGCGCCGUCUGCGGCCGUCACCAAGACGCACUCAGGUCCCAAGUUCACCAGUUCAUUUGCAAUAGACAGCAUUCUCAGCACGCCGUUCAAGAGAGACUCAAACAAGGAGCCGUUCCCUCCCCUCCCUGCCUUCACUUGGCCGUGCUACACUGAGCUAAUGACGCCUCACUCGAAUACACCUGCCUCAUUUCCGUGCGUAAAGGCGCAGUGCCACAUGGAGCCCUGUGCUGCUCCGCAUGUGUCAAACGACUUUGGCUUUGGCCUGCACGCCUCACAGACAGUCUUCGAAUAUCAGAGAUAAACUCUCUUUUAUGUGAUGAUUAAAUGAUUUCAACGUGCACUGAUGAUGGAGGGAAAGGACCAAACACCAAAGAAACGACUUUUCCCACUUGUGUUGGGGAUGACGUUGGCAUUACAUUGACUUAGAUAUUAUUGUGGUGGCAUGGUGUUACAUUUUUGUACCUCUGGUCAUUUGCUUUACAGCACUAUCAAAGAUAAUAUUUUAUAAACAUAUGUGUUUGUUGUACCUGUUACUGAAUUAAUGGUAAAUGUUGAUGUUAUUUCAAUAAACGUGUUAAAAUCGA